UACUGCACCAGAAGCAAAGCUUAUGAAUAGGGAUUCUGAAUGUUACGGUCUUGUAUUUUUGGCUUUGCUGCAUAAACAGUACUGGAUUGGUGCCCAACAGCUUGUAGACUUGGAAUAUAUUGGGAAUCAUCAUCUUCUUGUUGGGUGUGCUAUAUUAGAAGAUGAAAUCAGAAAUUGGAAAACAGCGACACACUUGAAGGAAAACCUACAACGUUUAAAAAAUGCCUUCACUGAAAGAGUUAUCUGCAUAAUUCGGCAUAUCUAUGAUGCUGAUGUUACAAAGGAACGAAAGAAACAAAUGACAAUAAAAGAGAACAAAACAGAGGAAAGAGAGCUGGGUGAUGCCAUCAAUCAUGCAGGAAGGCUUUUGUUGAAUCAUGGAUAUCUAAUGGAUGCUAUCAGCAGUAAAAACCAAAAUUUCGUUGAAAACGACACAGUAAAGAAAAUCUUAAAAAAGAUGUGGUAUGGUACAGAGAAUAUAGAUGGUCAGACGACUUUUUGGUAUAUUGUUCUGUUCUCAGUCCAUCUAUUUGUGAUGCCUUUAUUAAUGAUUAACAUGGAGAUGGAUAAUCGUCUAUUACUUUGGUUUUACAAAAAGUACAAGCUGCCAUUCAUGAAAAUAUUUAUACAUUCGCUGGAAUUCACUUUUCUCCUUCUUGCAUAUGCAUACAUGUUGCUGUUUGACUACAGAGAAGAUGGAAUCACCUAUAUUGACUUUAUUAUAAUAGCGUGGAUGGCUAGUUUCUUUGUAAAUGAAACAAAACAGGUUAUUGUUGCUUUAGUAAGAAAAAGAAUCAAACCAUAUUUUCGUGAUUGGUGGAACAUAGCAGAUUGCAUUUUGAUUAUAGGAUAUACGUCUGGAAUGCUACUGAGAGCUGUUGAAGGAUCUUUUUUCCGAACUACGUCAAAAUGUUUAUUAGUUGCAAUAUUUAUGCUUAUUUGCAUAAGAUUACUCAGUUUGUACUACAUAAAUGAGUUUCUCGGACCAAAGUUAAUCAUAAUUCGAAUGAUGAUUAACCAUACUAUUGCAUUCAUGACAAUUAUGUUUGUCAUAAUGUUUUGGUACAGCGUGUCUUUUUAUGCGCUUCUAUAUCCGAAUUCUGAGGCUAGCUGGACAGAGAUCGAAAAAAUUUUAUCGAAUGGAUAUUGGAUAUUAUUUGGAGAAGUGAACUUAGAAGCUGAUACAUUGACUGAACCGAACUGCACCUUCAACAAGACAAUAUAUGAAAGUGAUGUGAGUGGAGUUUUACCGCGAUGUCCAACGAAACUUGGUUUAUACAUUACACCUUACUUAAAAGCCCUUUACGCAUUGAUAGCAGUGGUCAUAAUGCUGAAUCUUUUGAUAGCUAUGUACAGUAACAUUUUUGAGGACGUCCAUACAAAAUCGAUGAUUUAUUGGUCGGAGCUACAGACAUCUUUUCUUGAGGAAUAUAGUAUUCAAACAAUAUUUCCAAUACUCCUCCAGUUACUUACCUUACCGGGAACCGUAGUUGCAAUUGUGUGGCUUCUCUGCGCAAAUCUACGACAACAGAAUUCUGACGAAACUGAUCGUACUAAAGAGCUUAAUCAUCACCCACCAUUUGUCAGAGUUUUUCUCUUUGAUUCUAAUUAUGAUUUGAAACUUAAAUCGACAGAAGCAGAGGAGACAAAGGCUCAAAGAGACCAAGGGAAAAUAGAUGUUAACACAGUUACGAGAGAACCUGACUCUAAUAGCACAAAGCAAGAAAUACAAAAGGAGAGUAAUAACAGGAUAACUCAAGAGAUAAUCAACAGACUUAAAAAUCUUGAAGGUAGCUUAACAGAAUUAAAGGAUACAAAGAAAAUGAUGAUGGACAAAUUGCAAAGUAUGGAAGAAAGUUUAAAACACGAUUCUAGAAAUGAUAUGAAUGGAUCUUAGUCUAAUGUCUUCUGUAGUCGAUCUGAAUGAUAUAAUCGUAGUAACAAUACAUCCUGAGUACAAUAUAGGGAUUUGUAAUGAGAGAGAAUUGUGCUUUUUUUCUAGAAUUUUAAAUAACCCAAUUUGAAACAUGAAUAUGUUGAUAGAGAAUUGUUUUUCUUUAAUCAAAAUAGCAUGUUAAGUAAAUGAUUUUAAUGUUCAGAAA